AUAAGGGAUGGAGUAGGUACAGCUACAGUGUCCAGGUUAUCGUGGAAUCCCAUUCCCAAUGUCGACAAGCUUAUCCUGGAAAACCUUAUUCCCAAGUUUGAAGUUCCGAAUUCUGCCUCAGAUUGAUAAUCUGCUACACCCAGCAGCAAACAGGGGGGCAAGGCUAAGUGUUGAAUUCGCAUAUGAAAUAUGAGCGUAUUGAUUUGGGAAUGGGAAUGGGAAUUAGAGCUGGCGCUGGGAGUGAUCGGUUAAGAACAAUUUGGACUCCUGAAAUGGAUAGAUACUUUAUUGACCUUAUGUUGGAACAAGUUGGAAAAUGGAACAACGAUGAUGAUCAUAUGUUUAGCAAGCAAGCAUGGAAGCACAUGGCUUGUUUGUUUAAUGAUAAGUUCAAGUUUCAGCAUGACAUAGAUAUUUUUAAGAAUCGGCACAAGACGCUUAGAAAUCUUUACAGGUCUGUACAGCUUCUUCUUGAUCAGGAAGGGUUUAGCUGGGACGAAACACGGAAAAUGGUAACGGCUGAUAAUAAAAUCUGGGAUGAAUACAUAAAGGUUCAUCCAAAAUCGCGAUCCUUCAGAAUAAAAUCCAUCCCAUAUUUUCGUGAUCUGUGUGAGAUAUAUAAACAUGCAAGUCCUGAAAAGAAAGUUACUAUUGCUUGUCAUAGUGCAUUCUCUAAAGACAGUGAGCCUCAAUCUGACUCUGGUAGUAUGUCAGAAGGUGAAAACUCGAAAUCCGAGUUAGUGAAAGCAGAAGAACCGAUUCUUAUUUCACCAAUUAAUGUUGGUGAUAAUGCCAUGGAAACUCUUCAUGACAUUGCACUCGUAGAAGAUUAUGGACUCUCUGUUACAACAGGGCUUGUUGAUGAUACGUCUUAUCCUCUGUCUGAUAACAGUUCUGCUGCAGCUACUCGUACAAGGACAUGCUGGGAGCCACAGAUGGAUUUGUACUUUAUUCAUCUCAUGCUAGAUCAGGUGAACAAAGGGAAUUGGGUUGAUGGUCUAUUCCGAAGAGAAGCAUGGAUGGAGAUGCUUACUUCUUUUAAUGCUAAAUUUGGCUUCAACUAUGAAAUUGAUAUAUUGAAAAAUCGAUACAAAUCUAUGAGAAGACAGUAUUGUCUUAUAAACAAUCUUCUGAAAAUGGAUGGCUUUGUUUGGGAUGAUGCACGCCAAAUGGUGACUGCUGAUGAUCGUGUCUGGCAAGAUUAUAUCAAGAUUAAUACCACUGCAAGGCAAUACAUGACGAGACCUGUACCGUUCUAUAAAGAUCUGUGCGUCAUAUGCGGUGAGGUAAGUAGUGAUGGAAAAGAUGGGUUUUCUGCACAUAACACCAACCAGCAAGAUGAAGCUUAUGAAAAUAACUUUGGUGUGUUGCUCAAGAGUUUGGAAUCUCCACGUGCUAUGGUUUUCAGUGAUGACCGAAUUAGCAAAGAGGAUUCUUUGCAUAUGGGUUUCAAUGCAACUGAUAAAAGGGGUAAGCAUCAAUUAGACAACCCUUCAGGUUCUGAACGCUCCAAGAAAGCUCGUAGUAAAGAUGAUGGCAUUGCAUAUGCUCUUCGCGAGAUGGCAAGCAUGGUUUCAUCUUUGGUAGGUAAGAGAAAAGAAGAUGAAGGCUCAAAUAGCGUUUCCAUAGAACAUGUGAUCAAGGCAAUCCAGGCCCUACCUGACAUGGAUGAAGACCUUGUGUUGGAUGCAUGCGAUUUUCUAGAGGAUGAGAAGAGAGCAAAGACAUUUUUGGCACUAGACAUUAAGCUCCGAAAGAAGUGGUUAAUAAGGAAGCUUCGUCCACAACAGCAAUAAAGAUAAAUCGACAUUGUUAGUUGUACCUCAAACUUUUAGAUAUUAUAGGACAUGAAGGUGUUGACAUUAUUUUAAAUGAUAGAUCAUAGUUUCUUCACUCCAUUUUUUUAAAAAAUUAAUUUCUUGAAUUUAGUAAUUUGUUUAGUUCAAAAUGGUAGAUUUUAUAGAUUCUUUCAAGUGUAAUACCAUGGAAAGAAAAGGUUUUAUUUUGG